UAAGUAUGGAGUACAUUAUCAUCCAACUUGAACUUUUACAACGCAGCGUCUGGCGUCUGCAGUUUGCAAUUUGACGUCCCCCUUUUUGCUCCAUUUUUUCACAUAGCGCGCUCACUGACCUUGAUUGACCUUUCUUUUCUAUCCAAUUUAAAAAAACCCUUGAUCAUAUAAUUCGUCAUGUUCAUGGUCUCAUUCUCUUCUACAACGAUGAAAUUAUGCAACAACUUUCAUCCCUGUUGUUUUAUUUGUAAUUAGCAGAUAUGAGCUUUUGGAAAGGAAUAGUUGAUUCAUUGAGCACAAUAUUCUCCAAUUCUGACGCGUUUUAUCAAUCGAAUAGUAACGGAAACCCUAAUCGAGUGGGGCAAACAAUGGAAGUGGGUGUAGAUGGGAGUAAAGUUGCGAAUGAGAGAACUGCUGGUAAAUUGAAAGGUUACUUUGAUUUGGCUAAAGAAGAGAUUGAUAAAGCUGUUAGAGCUGAAGAAUGGGGUUUGACUGAUGAUGCAAUUUUGCAUUACAAUAAUGCUCAACGUAUUCUUGCUGAAGGUGCUGCGACUCGCGCGCCUUCCUUCGUCUCUGCUAGUGAACAACAAAAAGUUAAUUCCUAUCAUCAGAAGAUAUCAAAGUGGCAGGGUCAAGUUGUCGAGAGACUUCAAAUCUUGAGUGCAAGACUAGGUGACAACACCACGGAAAAGAUUUCUUCUUUACGUCCACAAGGUGCCAAAGUUACAUCAAAACGACCAAAUUUUACCAAUAAUGUACAACAAAAAUCCCCAAUCAAGACUGAAAGCAGUUUGUUAGUUAGAGAUCAAACCAAUAAGAUUGGAGCAUCUAGAUCCAACCAAGCUAUUGGUGGUUAUGACGCUAAACUAGUUGAGAUGAUAAAUACAGUAAUUGUGGAUAGAAGUCCUUCUGUUAAAUGGGAUGAUGUAGCUGGUCUUGAUAAGGCAAAGCAAACUUUGUUUGAAAUGGUUAUUUUGCCAACCAAACGGAAAGACUUGUUUACUGGACUCAGGAGGCCACCCCGAGGUUUACUACUUUUUGGUCCUCCGGGUAAUGGGAAAACAAUGCUUGCUAAAGCAGUUGCAUCAGAGUGUAAUGCAACAUUUUUCAAUGUUUCUGCAUCUACCCUUACAUCCAAAUGGGUGGGUGAAGGUGAAAAACUUGUCCGGACCCUCUUCAUGGUUGCUAUUUCAAGGCAGCCUUCUGUAAUUUUUAUGGAUGAGAUUGAUAGUAUCAUGUCAACACGGGAGGCUAACGAACACGAUGCCAGUCGAAGGUUGAAGUCAGAGUUCCUUGUCCAAUUUGAUGGAGUCACUUCCAAUCCUAAUGACCUGGUGAUAGUAAUUGGUGCCACAAAUAAACCACAAGAAUUGGAUGAUGCUGUUGUGAGGAGAUUGGUCAAGAGAAUAUACAUUCCAUUACCUGAUGAGAAUGUGAGGCGGCUUGUUCUUAAACGAAAACUGAAAGGUCAAGCAUUUUCUUUGCCUGGUCGGGAUUUAGAAAAGCUUGUGAGAGAAACAGAGGGAUACUCUGGAAGUGACCUGCAAGCCCUGUGCGAAGAAGCUGCGAUGAUGCCUAUAAGGGAACUUGGUUCAAAUAUACUAACUGUCGAGGCUGAUCAGGUCAGACCUCUGAGAUAUGAAGACUUCCGGAGUGCAAUGACUGUCAUUAGACCGAGCUUGUCUAAAAGUCGAUGGGAGGAGCUUGAACGGUGGAACAAAGAAUUUGGAUCCAACUAACUAUACCUGAAUAUUGAUCAAAUUUUAUUUUUGCUGGCAAAUUCUGAAACCUCUAUUACAAACAGAAGGUUUAGGUUUGGUUUGGGAGAGGUAAGAACAUUAGGUAUGAAUCUUUCCUUGUCUCUACUGUCUAUACUUGUGUACAUAUAUAUGAAUAAUAGUUUGUUGAAUAACUUA